AUGCACACGGCCUCUGCUCUCGCAUGUAGUUCGUACGCCACCAUCUAUGUCGGCUCACUCUAUGUGCUACCUCGUAUAUUCGCCUGGCUACGACGAAAACCAUGCGCGAAGCAUAGGCGUCGCGACGACCCCCCUGUGAUCAAGCAACGUCUUGUGUCUGUGUGCGUGGCCACCGUCAUCGACUUGCUCGUGACAGCGAGUCUGAUAGGACGAACUACCGUCUUGCCUGUCAAGCAGCCAUUUCGUGCACUGCAUAUCCUGAGCCUUAUGGGACUGCCCUUCCCGCAUCCGACGUUUCUGACAUCGCGAUAUCUCCCUCUCGAACCAUCGUUCCCGUCUUUCGUCACACGUCUCGGGUGGAUCGGUAUCAAGGCUUUGGCACUGACCGCCUGUAUGUACUUGGGCACUUUCUUCACAAACAUCUUGGACAAGCGCACGCGGUCUAAGAGAGCGUCCUCUCCUGACACGGCCCUGGCCCGUUGGCGGAACUAUGUCCUAGGUCCUGGCACAGAAGAAUUAGUUUUUCGAUCAUGCAUGCUGGCGACCAUGAAAAGCUUUCAUCCGCAUGCAUCUCCCACAUGGCUAAUGCUAACGACACCUUUGUAUUUUGGUAUCGCCCACCUGCAUCAUGCCUGGGAAAUGUACCAAGCUGGCGGAUACACUAAGCGUGCACGUACCAAUGCCCUUCUGACAUCUGCUCUACAGUUUGCCUACACCACCGUUUUUGGUUGGUACGCAAACUUUCUGUUUAUGCGCACUGGCACUGUAUGGGCUCCCUUUUUAGCUCACGUUUUGUGCAACAUGAUGGGGCUGCCAAGGCUCGCACCGUUCCCGCACGCCAACUCCGCCCAGAAGGCGGCUUGUGCAUGCGCCCAUCUUGCGGGCCUCGGCGCCUUUAUGUAUGCCCUGUGGCCGUGCACAUCUACCCGCAUGUUGGCGACGUAA